UGGGACUCCAGUUGGGCGGCGGACUCCCAGACGCAGCAGCAGCAGCAUUCCACUGGCUGGACUGGACCAGACGGGAGGAGGACGCACGCUCCGACCGCAGCUCCUCACCCACUCUUUCUUUGUGUCAUUGAUCUGACACACGGAGGGACGCGCUUCUAGGGUCCAGACUCGAAAAGUGACAGAAACUAAGCAAAACCCGGACUUUUAAAAAAAUAAUGUUGUUGUAUUAAGGGAAUUAUUUUUGUUUUGUUUUUGCACGAGUCCCGCUGGAUCUAUUCUCUCCACAUCGGAGCGCACGGCGCGUCUCUUCACAGAUUUCCAUCCAGUGGAUGUACCCUGGGAGUUACACUAAGUCCGUUUUAGUUGGUAAAACCCUCCUUCAACGCUGUUAGUGUUUGUUUCUCACGCGCAGGAAAACCAUGAUCUUCGCAGCGUUGUAUGUUGUUCUGCCUCUUUUGGAUGCGACGUGUUACGCGCAGGAGAACCUGCGCGCCGGGGCCACUCGGCUGGACUGCGUGAGGGCCAGCGAGCAGUGUCUGCGGGAGCAGUCGUGCAGCACCAAGUACCGCACCAUGAGGCAGUGCGUGGCCGGCGGGAAGGAGGGCAACAACAGCCUGGAGGUGAAGGACGAGUGUCGGAGCGCCAUGGAGGCGCUGAAGCAGAGCCCGCUGUACAACUGCCGCUGCAAGAGGGGCAUGAAGAAAGAAAAGAACUGCCUCCGCAUCUACUGGGGCAUUUACCAGACUUUACAAGGUAAUGACUUAUUGGAGGAGUCUCCAUACGAAGUGGCGAACAGCCGUUUGUCUGAUAUCUUCCAUCUGGCUCCCAUCAUAGCGUGUGCCAGCGUGUUGGACAAAAUUAGCAGAUGAUGGCAUAAGUUGUCUAAAAUGUCAUAGUGUGACAGAGCUUUAACAUAAAAUGACAAACAAUGGUCACAUUAAAAAUAAAAUUUGUAAGUUUUGUCAACGUGAAUGUAAUUAUUAGGAAAGUUUGAUACAUGAAUGUUUGGAACUGAUUAAAAAUCUAAUGAUGGAUGGAUUGACAGAUUUAUUUAUCAACCUUUAUUUAUCCAGGCAAAUAUCACGAUUAUGAAAACCAGUUUCUAACACUUCCUAGAAAUGAAACUUAAUCCUAUUGGUCAAAAUAAAAUAACAUUGUUAA